AUGUUAAAAUAUCAAUUUGGUUAGAAAAUUGGAGAGGGCACUUUUGCGUAGGUCUAUAUUGGGGCUUGCAAUGACGAAUAGGUGGCCAUUAAGGUGCUCCAGAAGGAAUCUCUUAAGACUGAUCGAGACAAAUUUAGGGUGAAUAAGGAAAUCGAAUUACUAAACAAGGUCAAUCAUCCAAACAUCGUUAAGAUGAAGGAGAUAGUAGAGGAUGAAGAGUCCAUAUAUUUGAUAACUGAGUAUGUUUCUGGCGGGGAGUUGUUCGAUUACAUUGUGGAGUAGUAGAGACUUUCAAAUGGAGAGGCAAGACACGUGAUUAAGUAAUUGGUAAACGCAAUUGAAUAUUUGCAUGGUUUGGGUAUCAUUCACAGAGACCUUAAGCCAGAAAACAUUCUAAUGCGAGAUAAUGGAGAUAUUUGUUUGAUAGAUUUUGGACUUUCAAUGGAGGUCGCAAGAGGAUAGCUAUUAGUAACUCCUUGUGGAAGUCCUUGCUAUGCUGCUCCUGAGAUGUUAGAAGGCAAAAAUUAUGAUGGCACAAAGACAGACAUUUGGAGUUGUGGUGUCAUUCUUUAUGCUAUGCUCUGUGGCUACUUGCCUUUUGAUGAAGAGAACACUCAAGAUCUGUAUGACAAGAUUAAACUGUGUCAAUACAAAAUUCCCAAUUCUUUACACAAAGAUGCCAAGGAUCUGAUCAGCAAGAUCCUCACCUAUGAGGAUUAGAGAAUCAAUAUGGAAUAGAUCAAGGCACAUCCAUUCUUUUAGGAUGACAAUGAGGAGGAGGAGGAGGAGAAUAACAAUGAAUUGUCCAUCGAAUAAAUUGAAUAGCCUAUCCAAGGUUAAGAGGAUCUUGAAGACCAAAUUUAAUAAGCCUCCUUUAUCCAGUCUCAACCUCAGGAAGAAGAGACUAUCGAAUAUGUCCAGCCUAUCUUGGAAGUGUAAAACAGACCGAGAGGUCAUACAUUAAAAAGAGAAUCUAUAAUGAACGAAUUGGAAGUCAACAUUAAUACGAUAUAGCCUAAGAACAAGUUUGAGCUGCCUCUUCAAUUUAAGGAGAAGAGGAAUCUUAAGACCAUUGAAGAAGCAUUUUAGAUAAUUCAAGAAUCCUCAAGACAAAAGGAUAGAAAAGUUACAGAGGAAUAGCAACAAUCGCAAAUUUAAUUGCCUUAUAAACCAGCGAUGAAAAUCAACACAAAUAAACCAUAUACUAAAAUUAAGUAUGUACAAACUAUUAGAUAUCGUUAUUGA